AAUUAAUAAACCAUUAAGUUACUAUGCCUUCCAUUAUAUAUAUAUUAUGAAGUGUUCUUGACCCUUAAACGAAAUAUAAUUUUAACCAAUUUUUCGGGUUAAAGAUGUAUUUUAGUAACACUGACACAGAAACUGUUCACCUCAUCCUUCCAGUCGCGUAGCUAUAUUUCAACUGUUCAUUGGAGUGAACGUUACAUCUAAAGAUUCAUUAAUAAUGCAUUGUCCAUGUGGUUCUCGAUCCGUGUAGUUUUACAUGUUUGGUAGACGUACUUUCUUCUACGGGACAAACUUUUUCGCAGAGCUCUAGCUCGUCUUCUAUCGACAUGUAAGAAAUUUUCUACCUAUGAAUAAUUGUAACUUUACAUUACUUUUCAACACGUAUGUACGAUGAUGUGGAUGAUAGUAUGUGCGACAACAAAGAGACAUAAAUUAAAAAGUAAGGAAAGCGGUGGAUAUUUCUGCCGAUAGAAAAUAGUCAUUUUAUGCGCACUCACGAUAAUAAUUUAUUCGCUUAUUUCGUUUAGCACCAAAGCGUGACCACAAUACGAUAUGGUAUAUUCGCGUGUGCGACAUGCUCGUUUUGGUUGUUACAAUAUUCACGACGUUGCUAAGAACGUUGGCUAAAUGAAAGUUUUUCUCUUUUUUUACAAGAUAUGCACGCGAUGACACGUAAUAAAUAUGUGGGUAAAUUUUUCGCCCGAGGAUGAGGCAGUGUCUUUCAUACCUUGGACAUGAAAAGAUCAAGCGGACAUAAUGAUUUUGAACGGGUCGUUAGUAUAAAUCGGCUCAUGUUAAGAAUUAUUGGUUUAUGGCCGCCAGACAACCAAGACACCCGUCAAGUCAUGAAAUCGAAACUUCGACUACUCUGCAGCUUUAACAUGGUAUUUUUCGUAUUGACAAUACCGGCUUUAAUAUCACUGAUAAGAGUAUGGGGUGACAUGAUUUUAAUGAUAGAAAAUAUGCAAUAUAGUAUACCACUUUUGAAUACGAUAUUUAAGUUCUACAUUAUUUGGCAGAAACAAACAGAUUUACUGCCCUUAAUUGACAUGAUCAAGAGAGACUGGGUGAAACCAAAAGCGAAGGAAGAGCGAGACGUUAUGCUGAGACGUGCAAGGAUUACACGCGCAAUCGCUAUGUACGGAUUGUUCGCGGCAGCUGGGACAAUAAUAAUUACUCUUGGCUUUCCGUGUUUCGGUCUGAUUCUCAGGCAAGUAACGAAUCUGACCGAUUCUGGGAAACCUUUGCCGAUACCAUCGUAUUACUUGCACGAUAUUUCCCAAAGUCCUCAGUUCGAGUUGACAUUCCUGGCACAAGGAUUCGCGCUUAUUGCAUGUGGUUGUUCCUAUACUGGGACCGAUCACUUUCUCGGUCUAUUAGUUUUGCAUGUAUGUGGACAACUGGAGAAUCUAUAUUUGAGAUUGAUACAUAUGGGAAAGUAUGAAAAUUUCGAUAUAGCUUUGAAAUAUAACGUCCAGGAUCACAUUCGCCUGAUCAGAUCCGUCGAAAUUAUCGAUCAUACAUUUGAUUCAAUGCUACUUGUUUUGGUGCUCUAUUUCGGUAUAUUAUUUUGCCUUCAAGCUUUUCUCAUAGUUGAUGUAAGUGUUGUUAACCAAAAGGAUCAAUUGUCGCUGAUACAACUAGUAUGGUUCGUUUCAGCGAUUAUAUAUGUUUCAUUGCACAUGUUUCUUUAUUGUGCUGUUGGCGAAAUUCUCAUGACACAAUCUGAAAAAAUACAUCAGGCUACGUAUGAAUAUUCGUGGUACAACAAGAAGCCAAAAGUAGCAAAAAAUUUAAUGCUGAUCAUGCUUUGCGCUAAUAAACCACUUCAUAUCACAGCCGGAAAGACAUUUCCUAUGACGAUGUCAACGUUUUGCAAUUUGUUGAAAACUUCAGCGGGUUACGUGUCGGUUCUACUCACCAAUCAAGGUUGAUGGCUGUAUUGUAAAUUUCGAGAUUAGAUUCUUUUGUACCAAGAUGGACAAUAUGUAGUGUGUAGACAAUAUUAGUAAUAAGUAGUAUUUGAAUUAAUAAUACAUAUGAUAGACAAUUUAUAAUAUAUAAGAAGUUUUA